GGGGCGGCCGUAAGGGGCCGUAGUCACCCAAACGUAUGGGCACGGCGUCGGUUGUAAAGGUUUUGAUUAAUGUGACUUUAUCUCAUAAGCAUACAACAAAGAACAAUGAAGGACUGUUUUGUAAAUCCUACAGAAAAGGACCUCUCUGAUGCUGAAUCUGCAAGCAAGGGAUAUGACAACCCUUCUUUCCAACAUGAUGAAAAUCUUGAACAAAGUGACCAGUUAAAGCCCAAGAAAAAAAAGAAGGAAAAUGAGAAGCCAGAGAAACAGGUGGUUGGCAUUUUUGAAUUGUUUUGCUAUGCUGAUUGGGUGGAUGUCCUUUUGAUGGUAGUUGGUUUGAUUGCAGCUGUUGCAAACGGUACUGGAUUGCCGCUUAUGAUCGUUGUCUUUGGAGAGAUGACAAACAGCUUUGUGCUAAGCGGUGUGAAAUCAAAUGUGUCAGAAGAUACUUCAGUAAAUACUUCCAGCUGCCCAUCAAUUCCAGGCAUAGAUAUAGAAGGUGAAAUGACAAAGUUCGCUUACUACUACGUGGGAAUUGGCUGUGCUGUGUUGAUCCUGAGCACCAUCCAAGUAUGGACAUUUUUGAUUGCUGCUACGAGGCAGACAGCAAGGAUCCGGCAGAAGUUCUUUUUUGCGGUGCUCCAUCAGGAGAUGGCUUGGUUUGAUACUACCCAGAUAGGAACGCUGAACACCAGACUAACAGAUGACAUCAACACCAUCCACGAAGGCAUCGGAGACAAGAUCUGUAUAUUUGUACAGUUUUUUGCCACAUUUCUGGCAGGGAUUAUUAUAGGAUUCAUCCACGGGUGGAAGCUGACACUGGUGAUUUUGUCAGUCAGCCCUCUGCUUGCUGCAUCAGCAGCAGUUUGGUCAACUCUCCUGGCAUCCCUUACUGCUAAAGAGCUGUCUGCUUAUGCCAAAGCAGGAGCUGUGGCAGAAGAAAUUUUGACAGCAAUCAGGACUGUUUUGGCUUUCAAUGGACAGCAGAAGGCAUUAGCAAAAUAUGAUGCUAACUUAGAGGUGGCUAGAAGUGUUGGAGUGAAAAAAUGCAUUACCACCAACACAUCUCUAGGUGUUUCACAGUUUCUUAUCUUUGGAUCCUAUGCCCUUGCAUUUUGGUAUGGAACCACCCUCACUGCUGAGGAAGAAAAUUAUGACAUUGGCCGUGUGUUAAUUGUGUUCUUCUCUGUGCUCGUCGGAGCCUUCUCCCUGGGCCAGGCAGCUCCCAACCUGGAGAGUGUGGCUAAUGCACGUGGGGCUGCCUAUGAAGUAUAUCGGAUUAUCAAUAAGAAACGGCUCAUAGACAGCAGUUCUAAGGAAGGCUACAAACCAGACAAGCUCAUAGGAGAAAUUGAAUUCAGAAACAUCCAUUUCAGUUACCCAUCCAGACCUGAUGUUAAAAUCCUCAAAGGUCUAAACUUGAAAGUUCAAACCGGCAAGACCAUUGCUUUAGUUGGUGCCAGUGGCUGUGGAAAAAGCACUACUGUUCAGUUGCUGCAGAGAUUCUAUGAUCCUGUCCAGGGAGAAAUUACCUUAGAUGGUCGGGAUAUUCGGACACUUAAUGUAAAGUGGCUACGAGAAAAUAUUGGUAUUGUGAGCCAGGAGCCUGUUUUGUUUGCAACAACAAUAGCUGAGAACAUUCGCUACGGCCGAGAAGAUAUUUCUGAUGCUGAAAUUGAGCAAGCAGCCAAGGAAGCCAAUGCUUUUGACUUUAUAUCUAGACUGCCUGAUAAAUUUAACACCAUGGUAGGGGAAAGAGGGGCUCAGCUGAGUGGAGGCCAGAAGCAGCGAAUAGCUAUUGCCCGUGCCCUAGCAAGAAAUCCCAAGAUUCUUCUUCUGGAUGAAGCUACAUCUGCACUAGAUACUCAGAGUGAAUCCAUAGUGCAAGCAGCUCUCGAUAAGGCUCGGACUGGACGUACCACCAUUGUGAUUGCACACAGACUGUCUACCAUCAGGACUGCUGACACUAUUGCUGGAUUUGAGAAAGGCGUCGUGGUUGAACAAGGAACACACAGUGAACUCAUGUUGCAGAAGGGAGUCUACUAUUCUCUUGUAAUGCAGCAGGGUAGUAGCAAUGAUGUUCAAGAUGAUGGGACACCAGAAGAAAGUGAAGACACAGGGGCUGAGGAAUAUGAGGAAAAUGACAGAAAUGAUCUUGUGGAGGAGCUGACUCUUCAAGACCAUUUCGAAGAAUCAGUGAUCUCUGGGAGAGGCAGCAUUCGAAGAAGAUCCAGCAGAUAUAAAAGCAAGAGGUGCUCUUGUAAGAAAAAGUCCUCUGGAAAAAAGAAAAAAAAAGAGGUGGAGGAAGAAAAUCUCCCUGCUGUGCCUUACUUAAGAAUUCUGGCUCUGAACAAACCUGAGUGGCUGUAUGUACUGCUGGGAGUGAUUGCUGCUGCCGUCUCAGGUGGGGUCCAUCCUGCAUUCGCUGUUAUAUUUGGAAAAAUCAUUGGGGCUUUUCAAGAAACAGAUCCAGAAAAGAGGAAUAAAAACACGUUGGUGCUUUCUUUAAUGUUUCUUUUACUUGGAGUGAUUACCUUAGCAGCAUACAUAAUCCAAGGAUUCAUGUUUGGGAAGUCUGGGGAAAUACUAACGAUGAGACUGCGCUCUUUGUCCUUCAGAGCAUUACUUCGGCAGGAGGUUGGAUGGUAUGAUGAUCAGAAAAAUGCUGUUGGUGUUCUGCUAACUCAGCUUGCUACAGAUGCUUCCCAAGUCAAAGGGGCAACUGGAAGCCGGCUUGGACUGAUGACUAUGACUGUCUUUACCCUUCUGACUGCCAUCGUUAUUGCUUUUGUAUAUGGCUGGCAGUUAACUUUGCUUAUCCUGGCCUGCAUUCCUUUUGUUAUUGCUACAAAUGCUGCAAGAGUUAGCUCUGUGUCUGGUCAUGCCACAAAAGAUCAAAAAGCUUUGGAAGAGGCUGGAAGAAUUUCAACAGAAUCAGUUGAAAACAUAAGAACUGUAGCUUCACUGACCAGGGAAGAAGCAUUUUAUGAAAGAUACAUUACUAGUUUGAAUGGUCCAUAUAGAGAUUCUCUGACAAAAGCCCCUUUCUAUGGAUUUACCUAUGGAGUAGCUCAGUGUGCAAACUACUUUAUUAACGCGGCAGUCUUCAGAUUUGGGGCAUGGCUCAUUGCCCAUUGCCUGAGCAACUUUGAAAAUGUAUUUAUAGUCUUCUCUUCCAUCAUAUUUGCAGCUAUGAAUGUUGGUCAGUCUGCUUCCCUGGCACCAGAUUAUGGCAAAGCUAGAAUGUCAGCCCAAAGGAUCUUUCAACUUUUGGACAGAAAACCUCUAAUUGAUAGUUACAGUGAAGAAGGUGAAAAAUUGAGCAAUUUUGAAGGCAACAUUGAAUUCAGAAACAUCCAUUUUGUAUAUCCAACAAGGCCAGAAGUUCAAGUUUUGCAAGGACUCAACGUGAAGGUUAACAAAGGACAGACUCUGGCAUUAGUAGGAAGCAGCGGCUGUGGCAAAAGCACAUCCAUUCAGCUCUUGGAGAGAUUUUAUGACCCUGUGGAAGGACAAGUGUUAGCAGAUGGAUUUGAUACCAGAUCUUUGCAUUUACAAUGGCUGAGGUCCAGACUGGGCCUGGUGUCACAGGAGCCCAUUUUGUUUGACUGCAGCAUUGCUGAAAAUAUUCGCUAUGGAGACAACAGUAGGGUGGUUAGUCAGGAGGAAAUCGAAGAAGCAGCUAAAGCAGCAAAUAUUCAUACCUUCAUUGAAAAACUGCCAGAGAAAUAUGAUACCCGGGUGGGUGAGAAAGGAACACAACUAUCUGGAGGUCAAAAACAAAGAAUAGCAAUUGCCCGUGCUCUGGUCCGUAAUCCUGCCAUUCUGCUUCUGGAUGAAGCUACCUCUGCUCUUGACACAGAAAGUGAAAAGAUCGUCCAGAAAGCUCUGGAUAACGCCCGGCAAGGUCGAACCUGCAUCGUCAUUGCUCACCGCCUGACGACCGUACAGACUGCAGACAUCAUUGCAGUGAUCCAGAACGGCAGGGUGGUUGAGCAGGGCACCCACAGCCAGUUACUGGCAAAGGAAGGACACUACUAUGCCCUUGUAAAUGCACAAAUCUCUAAUUAGUACUGUUUGCAGAUUGUUUUGAUUUUUUUUUUUCCUGUGAAGACAUAAAAAGCUUACAGAGAAUUAAUGUUGGCUGUGUCUGUGCUGAUGGAGCAAGGUGGGUCAUGGAAGGUGCACGGGGGAGUUCCAGGGGCUGAAUCUGCUGGGCAGUUGUGGGGAUUGUGUGAUCUGGAGGGAGCCAGACCUAGAGUAGUCUCAUCCACACCACAGCUUAGGUGGGGCACCCUGCUCUCGCUGUCCCCCCAAAUCCUGGCCAUAGACCAGGGCAGUACCAGAGUAUGACAGUGGUUAAGCAUCAUGGAUAAGCAGUGAGCUGGUGCUUGUGCUUGCCUGUUGGGUUUCUUCACCAGCCAGAUGCAGCCGUAAAGUCUUCUUAAUUAAAGGUGACUGUCAAUUCUUACUGAUUGCUGAGAUUCCAAAUAAAGGCAUUU